UGUUUGAAGGCGGGGCUUUGGGCGGGCGGACGGGAGACGUGUGCGGCGGCCGCGGCAGAAACGUGGUUGCCGCUUACUUUGCAACGCUUCUUCCGUACUUACUCUGCCGGGUGACCUGGCCGUAAAGCUGUGGCCAAAUUUCGAAGACGUUCAAAGCCGGGGGGGCAGCGGGGACAAUUUUGGCCCCGCUCUCACCGGCUUUCUUUCCUACCGGUCGGGACACCAACUGUGCGGCAGUCCCCCGACUUCAGUGGCCGCUUUCCAGCCAUCGGGGUCCUCCUGCGCUCCAUUUUCAACCGGCCAAAGUGCCCCAUCGAGCGGCAUGGCCUACCUCAAGUCAUCGCCUUACUCUGUCAACGGCAUUGGACUGCCUUCUCCCGGUGUUGACCUUCUCCACCCCACGGUCGGAUAUCCGGGGCAAUUAUGUAGGGAGCUGAGUGACAAAAAUAUCGUUCGCGAUAGUGUUUGGCCGAAAAGUUGUAAAUACUUCAUGUGGACCAAAGAUCAGGGACCCUGUUCGGUGAACUAUGGAGGACAGUUCCACUCAGCUCCUGCUCCUCCUCCUAGAAAGCAAAGGAGAGAAAGAACAACUUUUACAAGGGCUCAAUUAGAUGUUUUGGAAUCUUUGUUCAGCAAAACCCGCUAUCCAGACAUUUUUAUGAGAGAAGAAGUUGCACUUAAAAUAAACUUACCUGAGUCCAGGGUGCAGGUGUGGUUUAAAAACCGGCGAGCUAAAUGCCGGCAACAACAACAGCAACAAAAUGGUGGCAGCAGCAAAAGUCGACCUAAAAAAGCAAAAAGUCCUCCUUCCUCAUCAACGCCGCCCUCUUCCAGGGGCGGCUCUCCCUAUAAACCCCCCUCAUUACCACCUUCUUCAGCGGGGCCACCAGUUACAUCCAACUCAAAUAGUAUAUGGAGUCCAGCCACAAUCAGUCCGGUAGCCGCCGAACUGAUGGGAGCCAACAGCUGUAUGCAACGCUCUUAUCAAAUGGCGGCCAAUACACCGCCCAGCUGUUAUUCACAGUCUUAUGGUCCCACAUCUUAUCACUAUGGCAACAUGAACAUGGACUAUUUGCCACCACCUAUGCCUGUGACGACUAUGACAUCGCCACAGAUGAGUGCCCCAGUCAUGACAGGGACGCACAUGGGGGCUUCUACGGCGGCCCAUCAAACCCUCAGUUCCCGGACACCCCCUAUAAACGGAAGUUUACCCCCACCAGGAAGUACCGAUUGCCUCGAAUACAGCAGUGAUAAAACUGCCGCGUGGAAAUUUCAAAUGCUCUGAAGACUUUUUGAGAGGCCGUCGAAGAACUCAUCAGAUUUAAAAAGGAAAAAAAAAAGAAAAAAAAAAGGCUGACCGGCACAUUUUGUUCCCUGAAUUUAUCAAAAAACAAAAAGCAACUGUUUUGUAUAUAACAGAAAGACAACACUCAUCUUUUUACUAGACGAUCAAGCACUCUCAUUCUAUUUUAGAAUUCAUUCUAGAAUAGAAAUUAAGGUUCAACUCAUGUUUUAUGGAAUUACAGAAGGUCAAUCUGGGGUAUUAUGAGACUAUAGAAUCCUUGUUUUGACAAUAUGUUUACAGUGAAACCUGUUAAGUUGACCAUCUCUAUAUGUUGACCAUCUCUAUAUGUUGACCACCUGUCUAAGUUGAUCUUUACGAUCAAGUACCAAACUGGCAAAAAUAAUUAAAGUCCUACUUUAUAAAUUGACAUCUUAUCUAAGUGUACUCUCAAAUUGUCUUAUGAAAAGUUAUCAACUUGUACAGGCUUCACUGUAUGAUUAAAAAAAAUAUCAAUCUUAAAAAUAAAAGUUAAAAAAAAAACCACAACAAAUGGGACAUCAUUAUAUACGUACUUAUAGGGUGAAUAGUAUUUAGAAAUAUUUCAUGACUAUUAAAUAGUAGUUAAGUAUGGCUUUGAUAGUCCUCUCAUCCUAUUAUAGUCAUUUAAUAAAGCUUAUAUACUAAGUGUGCGUAUAUAUACAGUGUAACCUAUUAAAUUGACCAUCUGUGUAAAUCAAUCUUAGUUGAUUUUUGCCAAAGUUGAUAGCUGUAGUCAAGCACCAAUUUUUCAAAAACAGUUGCUUCACCUCUUUAUAAGUUGACCUCCUGCCUAAGUGAGCCAUCAUAUAGGUGCUUCGCAAGUGGUCAAUUUACACAGGUGUCGCUAAAUAUAUACAUACAAGGGUCUGAAAAUCUCGGUCACUACGGUGUAUAAAAAAAUUUAAUUGCCUUCCAAUAUUUCAGUAAAAUCUGAUUUUUUUAACAAAAAAAUCUGAAUAUUUUAGAAAAAAAAUUAUUCAAAAUGCUAAGUCCGAGCAGACCCGUAAUGAAAUGCUAUUUGCAUAAUUGUCUGUGAAAGAAAAUUUGUGACCACUUUAUUAGUUUUUAGAUAGUAUUAAAUUUACUUUAUGUAAUUUUAUGAAAUCACUUCUUAAUAUGCUUAAGAAUUUGACCUUAAAAAUACUCUUGUGUAUGUAUUUUUAAUGUAUUAUUUUUUUCUUUUUAAUGUGUCUUAAAUAAACACAAACACCAUAAGCUAUAAUUAUGAAUGUCUCAUAAUAGCCCCGAUUGAACCUACUAUUUAUUUAUUUAUUUAUUUUUAUUUGUUUCUUUUUGUGAAACCCCCAUGUUUUUAGGCAGCAAAAGAGAAAUUAGUUCUCAGAAAAUCAUUCACAAUUUUUUCGACUAUUAUUCUUGUUUAUCUCAAAUUAAUCAAUUAAGUUCUUGAAACUCUUUAUAUUCUGUGAAAUAAAUAAUGAGAAAUUCUGAAUUUGACUGAGCAAAAACAUGUAUCUAAAUUUUCGCCAUAACUACGUAAUAGGAUGAAAAUUAGUGCAUUUAAAAGAUAAUUUAUUUGUUCUUGCAUAUAACAUAAUCAGGAUUACCACGGUUCUUGAAGAAAAGCUUUAGAAAAAUUGAAAGAAAUUUAACACAUUUGUGAAUGUCACUAAACACUUUUAGUUAGCAUGUUUUUUUUUUUUCUUCAAAUAAAUAAAAGGAAAACUAAAAUGAUAAAAUUUCCACUAGCCUAGUCAGCCAUUUCUUUCAAGCACCGUGUUAAACCUAUGAAUACAAAUGAUGUUAGUAAUAUCAUCUAGUAUUUUAUUUCUGCUUUAAAAAUAUGUAAUAAAUUGAAGAAAAGAUGAAAAGAGAGCUAAGUAAGCAAUGUCAUAUUUAUAUAUUAUAAUUGUAAACUAUUUGCAUGAAGAAGCUGCAUUUUUUCUAUAUUUUGUCGGUCAUCUGGUUCGGUCAAGGAAGGGAUAUAAAGGUACGUAACAUUUAGUGCCCAGGGCAAUUGAUAUAAUUUUUGUGUAAAUUGAAUUAUUUAUGAUGACUUUUCAAAUAAGUUGCUUAUUAUUGAGUUGUGUAAAUUGUAAAUGUCGAGUUCGUUUCCCUUUUCAUGUUUGACUCACAUAGCUAUUUCAAUAAAACUUUUUUCUUCAUUUUUA